AUGGCCAGCGAUGGCUCCGAGGAUUAUGUCUUUGCCAUUCCCAACUUCUGGCCGCAAUCGAAGCUGCUGGACUCGGAGGCGGAGGCACCGUCUGCUGGCAGCUUCUUUUCCACCAAUCUCACAAAUGCCUUGGCAAAUCCAAACGCGGAUCCCUUCGCGCUCGAGCCCAUAACACCACCACACGAUGGCUUCUUCAAGCUGCUACCGAUUUCUCAAGAUACUGCUGGGACGGCCGACAAAGAUGAUGCGACUGUAGCCCCGGAGCCUGUCGAUGAGCCCGAGAGGCCAUCCGAACAAUCCUCUGCAGUUUUCGACGACAGCAAUGACGAUGAAGACGAAUCCGAUCUAUGGCUGGAACCCAAGCUCCCCGCCAAACCGAAACCUCCUUUUCGAUCGUGGAACGGUUUCUACUCCGGCAACGCAUCUACGGCGCACAGACCGAUGAUAGUUACAGAGGCCGGCCCGGCUGCCUAUGACGCCCUGUUAAGCGCCGCAAACGACCCGCUGAAGCUCAGGAAUGCCGGCGUUCCUGUUGUCGACACGAAAACAUACCUGUCCUCGUUACUGGCUUUGGCGCUUGGCGGAGAGUCUGUUCUUUUUACGCGGAAAGAUGGAACUCAGGGCCUCAAACCUGCGCUCCCGAAGAUGAGAGCAUCCGGGUAUUCUAGUCAUGUCCUACAAGCCCUCGAGAACAAGUGCCUGAGGUGUGGGAGCACCUUGGUAGGGCUGCGCUCUUUUGCGCAAACCGUAUACUCGGAACAUACGAGCCGCUGCGGCGUGGCCCUCGCCAGCACUGUCAGCCAAGUUCUGCAGGUCGUCCAAGAAUGGGUGGCCUUUAACGGUCGGAAUCCUCGCUCGCUUCUGCGGCUUCAAUCCACCGUCAACUCGGUGGUGGCUAUCCUGCGACCCUUCAAGGCACUCACAUCACAGUUGCGCCAUGGCCUUACGGACGAAGACAUUCUGAAUCUCGUAUUUCAUCAAGCAUAUACGGUGGACAGCAACGAGGAGUAUCUCCGUCAGAUUAUGCGAGAGGUGCUGCGGAGGGUCUCUGGCCCCUGGAUCGAGUUUCUCGAAGAGUGGAUUGGGACUAAGCGCGAGCAGGGACUGCCAUUUACCAAGGCCAAUCUUGGAGAAAGCAAAGGAUUUGUCAAGGUUGAGGCACGAGUCUUUCGGGAUGACUUUGGCCGGGAGCUAUCAGAGGUCGACUACGUCUUGGACUCGAGCAAAAUGCCGCGCUUUAUGCCCGACGACGUGACGGAGACAAUCUUCGAGACUGGGCGCAACCUGCGCUUUAUCCGCUCCUUCCAUGAGGACCAUCCCCUAGCUCAACAGGAUGUCAUUGCGUCCAGCGAUCCUCCUCGAGCCAAGUGGCUUUAUGACUGGGACGCCAUACUGCACCUCGAGAGCCGUGCUGUUGCGUAUCGCGACUGUCUGGCCGAAGCCAUUCAAUCCAGCCGUUCUGCCUACGCUUUCGACCCCAUGGAAACCUCCCUUCAUCUGGCACCCGAAAACCCGGGUUCCAUACUUAGUUUCUUCGGACUGGAUCCAGCCGGCAUGGAGGAGCGCAUUGCCGCCUCGAUUGAGCAGCUUGCUCAGCCAGUUCCCACACACGACGCAGAGGAUACCCUGAGCAGCAUUGUGCGCGAUAGACUUUGCGGGACGCAUGCGUCCGCUAUCGAGCUUUCGAAUUCCACUCCCCACUGGUCCUUGCUUCCUGUCCUCUCCUUUGGCGUUAUUGCGUCGGCACAGGCGCAGGUGGUCAAUAAGGAGACACUUAGACUCCUUUUCAGCGCGCACAACCUACGAGACCAUCUCAAGCUGCAGCGUGAUUUUCAGCUUCUUAGGAACGGUAAUCUAUGUAGCCGCCUCUCUCAUGCUUUGUUCGAUCCCGAGUUGGAAUCGGCAAGCACGCGCUCAGGGAUCGCAAAGAAAAGCAGCGUCAUGGGCUUGCGGCUGGGGGGGCGUGACAACUGGCCUCCAGCAAGCUCAGAGCUGCGAUUAGCCUUGAUGGGCAUACUCUCCGAUUGCUACAAUGAUAGCCAAGACGGGAAGAAAUCCGAAAGGACUGAGCACAUAUUCGAUAAGAAUCUUUCUGACUUGCCAGGCGACCUGAGCUUCGCUCUGAGAGACCUCUCGGAGGAGGAGAUUGAAAAGUGCAUGGACCCGGACUCCCUCGAAGCACUGGACUUUCUGCGCUUAUCCUACACGGCACCACCGCAGCUGAGCCCCAUCAUCACACCGUUGAACCUGCUGCAGUACGACUACAUUUUCAAACUCCUUUUACGAGUCCUGCGGAUGACGUUUGUUGUCAACCAGCUGUUCCGCGACGCCAACUGCCUGGCUCGCGAGUGGGAAGAUCCUGGUGACGCAACGCUCCGCUUCGUCAGAGAAGCGCAGCAUUUCGUCUCCAGUGUAUCGGCAUAUUUUCUCGACACGGGCAUCUCCGUUCCCUGGCAGGUGUUUGAGAAGAAAUUAGACAAGAUUGAGAUGGACCUGCACCGGCCAAGCACGAGCGGUUCAUCGGAAGAGAUCCAGAGCCCCGACAAGUUGCAGGAGCUCCAUUCCCUUGUCCUGGAUCGGAUCAUGCUCGCCCUAUUUUUGCGGAAGAAGCAACAGCCAGUGCUAAGACUGCUAGAGGACAUUUUCAAUACCAUCUUACGAUUUGCAAAGAGCGUGAGACUGAGGCGGCUGGGGGUGAUGGAGGCAGAGGCAGAGCCCCUCUCAGAAAAGGCUCGUCGCACCGACGGCAAGAGAGGGAGAGAAGACAGGAUAUUCAAGGAACAAUACGGGAUCGGGGACGACAGCAUGGUUGCCCAACUCCUGGUCAGGCUGGACAUGUUUGAUUACUACCUCAAGGGGUAG